AGCUGUGUGGACGCGCUGCUCAGCCAAAGAUUCCUCCCAGCCAAGUGCGCAGCCUCCGAUCCGAUUAAGCAUGGCUGCCCCCGCAACGAUUGCGCGCCCCACGGGCGAGACCCUGCGUGGCAAGCAGAAGGAGAAGGACGUGCGCAUGUCCAACAUCAUCGCUGCGAAAGCCAUCGCUAACGCGAUCCGCACGAGUCUGGGACCUCGCGGCAUGGACAAGAUGAUCCAGCAAGGCAACGGAGAAGUGAUCAUCUCCAACGACGGCGCCACAAUCCUCAGCCAGAUGCAGGUAUACCACCCCACAGCCAAGAUGCUGGUGGAUCUGUCCAAGUCGCAGGAUAUCGAGGCCGGAGACGGCACCACCAGCGUCUGUGUCAUCGCCGGCGCUCUACUCAGCGCCUGUGAGGACCUACUGCUUAAGGGCAUUCACCCCACCAACAUCUCGGAGGCUUUUGGUGUUGCUGCUGUUAAAGCCGAGGAGAUCCUCACCGAAAUGGCCAAGCCCGUGGAGCUCUCUAACCGUGAGGAGCUCAUCAACUGUGUGAACACUUCACUGUCCUCUAAAGUCAUCUCCGAGUACGCGGACCGCCUGUCCCCCAUCGCCGUUGACGCUGUGCUGAAGGUCAUCGACAUUGCCACCGCCACUAACGUGGACCUGAACACCGUGCGUGUGGUAAAGCAGCUGGGCGGCACCAUCGACGACUCGGAGCUGGUGGAAGGACUUGUUUUCAGUAAGGGAUUCGACAAAACAGCGGCUGCUACGGCCCCCACGACCAUCGAGAACGCUAAGAUUGCGCUAAUCCAGUUCUGCCUCUCAGCCCCGAAGGCUGAUAUGGAGAGCAACGUGGUGAUCAACGACUAUGCGGCCAUGGACCGUAUUCUACGUGAGGAACGCAAGUACAUUCUCAACUUGUGCAAGAAGGUGAAGAAGUCUGGCGCCAAUGUGCUGUUGAUCCAGAAGAGCAUCCUGCGGGACGCCACCAACGACUUGUCGCUGCACUUUUUGGCCAAGAUGGGCAUCCGUGUCAUCACGGACAUUGAACGGAACGACAUUGAGCACAUUGCCACGACGUUGGGCUGUCUGCCAGUGGCAAACAUUGAGUACUUGACCCCGGAGAAGCUGGGAACGGCCGGAUUGGUGCAGGAGGAGACUGUGGGCGGCCACAAGGUCGUCAAGAUCACGGAGAUCGUGAACCCGGGCAAGACCGUGUCGAUCCUCGUACGUGGCUCCAACAAACUCGUGCUGGAGGAAGCUGAUCGCUCGCUGCACGACGCUCUGUGUGUAGUGCGCUCGCUGGUUAAGAAGCGGUUCCUGAUCUGCGGUGGCGGAGCUCCUGAGAUUCAGGUGGCACAGAAGCUGGCGGCGUACGGGCGAUCGCUGGAAGGCACGGCCAGUUACUGUCUGCAGUCGUUCGCUGACGCUAUGGAGAUUGUGCCCUACACACUGGCUGAGAACGCUGGUCUGCACCCGAUUGGCAUCGUCACGGAACUACGUGCUAAGCAUGCGCAGGGACACACGAGCAUGGGCAUCAAUGUGCGCAAGGGAGCUAUUAGUGAUAUGUAUGAGCUCAACGUACUGCAGCCGCUGCUGGUCAACACGAGCGAGAUCUCGCUGGCCACCGAGUGCGUGCGCAUGAUCCUCAAGAUUGACGACAUCGUGAUGGUCCGGUAAAUAGGUACAAUAGCUGAUCGCAUACGCUGCUUUACAGGGGCUCAUUACCAAGACACUUUUUUCUUAACAGGUACUAUUGUGAUUGGCAA